AACACUAUUUAGAUGUAGUAUUCUAUGACCGUGAUUUAGAUGUAACCCCGAUUUUGUUUUGAGGGGAGGGAGCAUAGCGGGUUCAGGGUUAGGGACUGGUUAGGGAAGCAUUUGGGUAUAAUCUCGAUAAAAUAUUUGAGUGCUAAUAUCGCUCUUCUUUGCAGGCUUCACCAACCCUCUGAAAUGGCAAGCUUGAUGUUCCGCACGAUCCGGUCGAUAUCCCAGAAGGCGCCCCAUCGCCAGCUGUCUGUGGCGUCUGCCCGGCUGGCGUCCGACCUUCCGGCCAAGAGCGCUCCGUCGGCGGCGCAGGUGCCGGGCACCAUCACCGUCGAGGGAUGGGAGGACCUGAGCGCCAUCAACGGACACCCUGCCGAGGAGCUGGUGACCCGGCGGGUGCGUGUGUACCAGCCGGCUAAGAACGCCAUGCAGUCGGGUACCCACAAGUACCACAACUGGGUACUCGAGUUCGACACCCAGGAGCGCUGGGAGAACCCGCUCAUGGGAUGGGCGUCCACCGGAGACCCCCUGUCCAACGUGCAGGUGGAGUUCGGCACCAAGGAGGAGGCCAUCGAGUUCUGCGAGAAGAACGGAUGGGACUGGUCGGUCGACAUCAAGACGCCCGUCAAGCCCCGGGUGAAGUCGUACGGCGCCAACUUCUCCUGGAACAAGAACACCAGGACCUCCACCAAGUAGAGGGAUAACUCACAGGUCGGGACGCUAGAUCGUGUGUACAUAGUCAUGUGAUAUGAAAUAUACAGGUUGGGACAGUA